GAGAAGGAGCAGCUCGGUUCUAACAACACUCCAUGAAGAAAUGCAAUAAAUUCUUUGUUGUUUUAUGAAAAUUUACAACUUUGUGAUACAAGUUUAUGAGUGACCGCGCGCGGGGAUUGGCCGACGGGCGGGUCAUGUGGACGCGCUUAACGUGAACAUGAACUUUUUAUGAUUUCCCAAGUGGCUAUAUUGCUGCAGCACUCCUCUCCGGCCCGAGCUGCCGCCUGUCCUUCCCUGCUCUACCCGGAGCCUGCUAGGCUCCACUCGGAGUCCGGCCACCGCCAGGAAGUGAACACCCGGCUGUAAUUAAACGGACGAGUUAAUGAGAAUAUUUGUUGUGACUGUGGAAACCGGCACGGCGAGACGCCGACAACAAGCCGCCCCUCCCCCUCCUGCUUCUUCUCUUCCUGCUUCGCUAUGGCUUCUUGCUCCGUCUGGUCUCGUGCUGCUGCUGUCUGCUCCAAAUUGGCUGAUCUGGAUGAGGACAGUUCCGCUGUGAUGAGACAAAGAAGGGGCGAGCAGUGGGACCCAGCCAGGGGAACGCAUCCCGGAGAUGCCCUCAUGAUUUACAUUUUUAAUUUCAAUUUGACAUUUGAUUUGAUUUGUCACUGCAAGGAUGAUGAAGACUACGGUGGUGGGUUGACGCCUGGGUGACAGCAGUCCCCCAUCCCCAGUUCCUGCUCUUCCUCAACAUUACAUCCAUCUAAUUACCACCCAGUGCAGGGUGGUGUCUCGUGCCAUUCCAGAGUGCCUGACUUGUUCGAACGCAAGGAAGUGACCGGCAGGUGUGUGGGCUCGUGACGGAUUAUCAACAAACGAUCCGUGCUGAUAUCAGAUUGAUGGGCCGGUUUGAUUGAAGUCUCUUUGUCGUGCUAAUGUCACCGCGAGUGAUGGAUGAGGUAAAUGGGCCAACUCAACGCGCGUGCGUGUAAACUCGACUCCAGAACCGAAAGAAAGAGCCUCUCCCCUCCUCCCGUACACACACACACACACACACACGACUUCCCUCGCUCCCGUGACCAGCUAACAAACUUCUGGCCUCCGGUCACCAUAGGCGACGAGCCACGUGACCUGCCAUGGAGGUAAGAAAAGAAGUGACACGGUAAAACGGAGAGAGGGAGACAGUUGAAGAGCAAGAGCCAGAGAAAAUUGGAGAAUUUGAAGAAAGAAGACAGACUUUAGGAAGACUGGGUGUAACCUGUGUGAAGCUGAAAACGUGACUGUACUCUUUUCAGUCCUCUCCCGUUGUUUUCCACUGUCACUGACGAGCCUUUGAAACACAGGUUGAGUUACUGACAGAGUAGGGCCUUUAAAACACACACACAAACACUGCAGCAGACCACAUGCGUUUCUGUUUUGGAGACGUAAAGCUUUCGCAUUUUUUCAUUCAAAUUGGAAAUGUCUACAGUUUUUUACUUGUAAUGUAAUUUUUUUGCGACUUUUUUUAUUACUUUAAGCGUUUUUCAAUUAAAAAAGCAACACGAUUUUAGUACUGCUUUUUGCGCACAACAGGGAGAUUUUAAAUCAUACUGCCGACUAUAGGAACAACUUUCAAAUGGAUUUUUUAGUUAUUUGAUUUUUGCUUUUCAACGAAUUUCUAUUAACCUCGGUCGUGUUUCUUGCUGAUAACAAGUCGAGACAUUUUACCAAUUCCCUGGUGCUUCGGGUCUGCAUGGACAACAUGAACUCCUUUGUGGAAUACUCUAUUUGUAACCGACAACCAACUGGCAUUUAUUCUGCGCCUAAAUCUGGAUACCACCAUCAUCACCUGCACCAUCACCUUCCUCUGGAUCAGCGUCAGGGAUUCCCCGUGAGCAUCCAAACAGGUCUCAGCGGUUCUCCUGUCCCCGGGUCCAGAAAUGACAACAGAGACGUAGGAGCGAGUUAUACCGCGGAUGGAGGGAUGUACGUGGGCGUUGGGGCGGACACCGCCAGCGGAGGAGCAAGUCAGCAUCAUCAGCAACAUCCUCCUCAACAUCACGAACAGCAUACGCACAGCGGCUACCAACAUCCAACACAUCACAAUCACCCUCAGCUUCACCAGAGCCAAAGCCUGCAGAGUGUAAUACCUUCUCCUUAUAGUAACGGCUGUAACACGGGGGCCUAUGUGGGCCAGGCAUGCACCACAAACUCUGAGUAUGUUGCUGCCACAGGCGCACCAAACUCCGUCCAUCCGCAGUAUUUCAUGGAGGAUUCUUUGGCCUCCACCUACUGUCAUCAAUCAAGCUUCCCUAACUCGGCCUCAACCGUCGGCCCCAGUUACAGCUCUCUUACCGGGGUCUACUGCGGGCCUCAGCGCACCCUUGCUGGGUCACAGUACCCGCAGCAGAUCGGCGGGGGGGUUCUUGACGCUGGAGGCUACCUGGAGCUUUCGCCUGGGGGAGGCUACGGGGAGCUGCCGGUAUCUCAGGAUCGUGAAAGAGGGGACGAUGAGGUCCAGCAGGCCGGGCAGGGGCAGACCUUCGACUGGAUGAAGGUGAAGAGAAAUCCACCGAAGACAGUCAAAGUGGCCGAAUACGGUCUUGCCCACAACAACGCCAUGCGCACCAACUUCAGCACGAGGCAGCUGACGGAGCUGGAGAAGGAGUUCCACUUUAGCAAGUACCUGACGCGAGCGCGGCGCGUGGAGAUCGCCGCCACGCUCGAGCUCAACGAGACGCAGGUGAAGAUUUGGUUCCAGAACAGACGCAUGAAGCAGAAGAAGCGCGAGCGGGAAGGCGCCACCGCGUCUGCGCGGCCAUUCUCCUCCUCUUCCGGUACCGGCAGCAGCUUGAACAAGGAGCUGGAAGACACUGACCGCUCUUCCGCGUCUACGUCUCCAGGCGCGUCCCCGAGCUCGGAGACGUAAUCUGGCUUUGUACCACUGGGAUACACUCUUCAACCCAUUCUUAAAAGACUGCCUGUUGAAAAUUUUUUCUAAGUCCCAGAAUUCUAUAAUGGCCGACCACCCAUUCAGAUGGACUUUCAUGACUCAUGUACAUGAACAUGGAGAAAAUAACUUCUCAGUGUAUUUUAGAGAAAGAAAAAAAUAUAUAUAUUAGUGACAUAAUUGACAGUUACAUACAGUAAGUGGACUGAUUUGACAAACUAAUGGCGCUUAUGCCAUGGAGAUAACAGAAAAUGCAUAAAAAAUGUCUGAUUAUAGAUUUUGGUACAAACUGGAUGAGAGGAGCAGUGAA